CGUCAAUGUCAGCAAUAUUGCGAUAUUCUUAAGAAUUCUUGCAAUAUAACAAUUCAAGCAUAUAUCUAGACCUCCGUUGAAGUGAUUCUUUUUGUCAUUGUUCAACCUGCUGCUGUUCAACUAACGAGAAGCUUUCUGCUAGUUCAACAUGCAAGUAGGAAUCCUAAUAGCAUUGUUGUGUAUGGGACACAUCUAUGCUUCUGAAACUACGAACGAACCAGGAACAUGCUCAGCUUCUGAUGCUCCCACAACUGAAAGUCCGAUUGGCUGCGUAUGUGGGGUAUUCUUGAGCGGACAGUUCAAAAAAAACAGCAAAGACCAACCCAAGGGCAACCCAGCUAUGCUUCAUGAACAUCCUGACACUUUUCCUUGCACUAUUGUUGGCAACAAACUAUGCACCAAUAAGUGCCUUGAUACUAUUGUGAAGUAUUUGCCAAACAGUCCAGCUAUUCUCUGCGGAUCUAUCGAUCGUGAUUGUCACAAAGAGAGGGCGUACCUAUUCAUAAAAAAUUGCAAGGAUGAAUGGAUGAAUACUAAUCUCUCAGCUGGACGAGAAUAUUGCUCCUGCGUUCUUGACAUUGGAUGCUCUACGCUCAGGACUUAUUAGCGUAGCUACACGUCCCCUCGCUUGUCCAGUCUGCAAUGAAAUAUUACUUGGUGUUGACAAACUGACAAUCCAUUUAUUUAGUCAUACUAUUAAUUUAUCUGACGAUGGACGAGUUAACACUGAUCAUACAAAGAUCAUGGAAGGAAAUUCUUCCACUGUUGCUGAAGACAAAGUU